AUGCUUCCGUCAUCCCCGCCUCCGCCCAUUCUCAUCUUCACCGUCCCCGCGUGCCGCUACUGCCGCCAAGCCAAGGCGCUGCUCGCCUCGAACGACCUCGCGUACACUGAAUGCUCCGUCGCCCUGGACAACCCCGCUCCCGCUGCCCCCGCUGCUGCUGCUGCCGGAACUGCCGACGCUGCCGCUGCUGCUGCUGUGGUGUCGGCAGCGGAGGCGCGAGCGGCGCUGGCGGAGGCGUCAGGCAUGCGAACAGUGCCUGUUAUCUACGUUGGCGGGAGGCUGGUUGGCGGAUUCGACGACCUGGAACAGCUUGUGACCAGCAACAAGCUACAGGAUAUCCUUGCCUCCCCCCCUGACCCACUCCCGUCGGCCCUCAUUCCUCUGCUCAGCCUCAAGCCUGCUGCACCGAGCAGUGCAGACGCAGAAGCAGCAGCAGGGGCAGCAGCAGCGGCAGGGGCAGCAGGAGGUGCGGAAGGAGUGGUGGAGGAGUGGCCUGGAUUGAGUCGGAAACUGGUAGCAGUGUUUGAAAAGAUGGCAGCAGGGGAGGCGGAGGGAGGGGUGAGGCGAGAGGAGGUGAAGGAGGGCCUGUUGGGAGCACACAAGAGCGUUGUGUCUGGUGCUGCCAUUGUUGCAUGGCUCAAAGCGAACAUGCCUCCUUCAGAAAACGCAGAGGGAGAUGGUGAAGCAGUAUUGGUGGGGCUGGCAGAGAAACUGGCAGCAGCAGAUCUCAUUCACCACAUCACCUACUCACAGCCCUUCACCAACAAACCCAAUGUUUUCUUCCGCCUCCUGCCCGACGAGCUGCCCAAAAGCACCGCGCUUAACGCGCGCCCGAUCUUCCUCCGGCCUGCGCGGGCGGCGUCAGUUGUUGCUAGUGGGCUGCGGGCGGCAACUGUGGGGAUGUACGAGGAGGCACUGUCACUGGAUGGGGGUGGCGUGAGCUACAAGCGUCUGGCGGCGUCGGAUGCAUUCAAGGAGUAUGUGUCGGCCGCUGCGGAACUGCAAAAGGUGGACGUGCUUGCGCUGCCGCGGCCCCACCGCAAGGCCUUCUGGAUCAACAUCUACAACUCCCUCGUGCUGCACGCCACGCUCGCACUCGGCCCACCCCAAUCCGCACUCGACCGCAAGCGCUUCUUCUCAAACUCCUCCUACCUCAUCGCUGGGCAUACCUUCUCUCUUGACGAUAUCGAGCACGGGAUUUUGCGCGGUAACCGCGCCACCAUCGGGCUGCCGUUCUUUCCGGGAAAGCGUCCGUUUGGAGGGUCGGAUCCGCGGAGAUUUUAUUCGCUGCCGCCCGCCGACCCGAGGAUUCAUUUUGCGCUGAACUGCGGUGCGCGGUCGUGCCCUCCGAUCCGUCUCUUUUCCGGAGAUGCAAUUGACAGUGAAUUGGAUACUGCUGCUGGUGCGUUUCUGGAAGGGGAUGUGCAGGUGGUGGUGGAUGGGAAGAAGAGUGGAGGGAAGGAGAAAGAUGGAGGAGUGGGAGGUGAGUUGGUGCUUGAGGUUACCAAGUUGUUGGAUUGGUAUGGGGUGGAUUUCGGAGAGAAUGAAGAGGCAAAGGUGCGGUGGAUAUUACCGUAUCUUAAAGCACCAGUGAGGGCCCAGGUGGAGGGUGCGUUGGCUGCUGGGAAGGCGGUGCAUUUGCAGUUCCGGCCUUAUGACUGGACUAGCAAUAGCUUGUGA